AUGUCCGUACUCGUAUGUGUAUCGCACGCCGGGGUUUCCCCAGCCAGGGUAGGAGCCCGAUUGCCUGCCGCGUUCCUCCCACCUUACGAGUACCAGCUGCGGCGCCCGCCGCUGUGUCCACCGCUGUGUCCACCUUACGAGUACCAGCUGCGGCUCCCGCCGCUGUGUCGCCCCGCCGUCUCCCUCACGUCGCCCUCGCCCGGGAUGCUGCCCCACAAGCAGCCCCUCGCCACCCGGUUGCAGCCAUCCCAGCCUAAGUGCGCAAAGCCGAGCGGGGCCUUCGUGUCCCAGCGCAGAGCGGCAGGAGUAGCCUCAGACCCAUCGCCCGUCAGCACGAUGCCUUUCAGCACGUCCUGGGCGUCGGUGAGCGGUGACCGCACCUGCAUCAACACGUUCAGUAUCCGGAAUCUUGGGUGCGGUGCCUAUGGCUGGAAGCUCCCGGUGUUUGGGAUCGCCUGCCUGGUGCUGAGCGCGCUGUGCUACCCUCUCGUGCUCCCGCUCGCUGCGCUGUCCACCACCAUCCUCGUCUUUUGCCUGCUCAUCUUCAGCACGAUGCCGCAGCAGUUUGGAGACACAUACAAUGGCUUCAUCCUGUGGAUCCAGGCGCUGCACAUGGCGUACGAGUAUGUCGUGUACAGAGGCGCCACCGUCACGACGAGCGCGUGCAUGCCUAUAGCCCAGCUACAGCCCAGGCGCCGGCUCGCGCGCUCCAACUGCGGCCCGGUGCCGCUCAGUGUGGCGAAGGCCUACGAGGAGGAGUUCAGCGCGGCGUACCCCAACAUCCUCGGCUGGCAGGUGCCCGUGGUGCCGAUCCUCGGCGCGGCGUGCAGGCUCCUGUCGUGGUCAUCCCCCCCGCGGGUCGCCGAUGAGACCCUUUUCGCGCCGUCAGAGGACCCGGUUGCCUAUGUGAUGCGGGUGUGCAGCGGGAUCUACCCGGAGGUACCCGAGGUGUGGCCGAGCAAGCACUCCGACGAGGCUCUCACGUGGCUCGUGCGAAGCCAGGUCGGCGCAGACAACAUCGAGGUGCUCGCCGACGACGCGCCGGAGAGGGCGCAAUUUGGGGCGAGAUACGCGGUCCGGACAAACUGCCUCGCUCACUGCGAGGUGCGCGAGGGGCUCGAGUCGUACGGGGGCGACGCUCUCUUUGACGACGACUGGCGCGUUGUCGCGAUCGUGCGGCAGGAGCGGGUGCCGCAUCCGGCGAUAGAGGGCCUCGUCACCACCACCGCGGUGAGUUACACUCCGAGCCACGGCAAGAGCUGGGCGUACAUCAAGUUUUGCUUUCGCUCGUCGCUCUUCUCGCUGGUGACCUUCGCGAACCACCUGUACCUCACCCACCUGCUAGUGAGCAUGAACAUGACCAUCGCCACGCGGGAGACGCUCUCGCCGGACCAUCCCGUGCGCCGGUUCGUCACGCCGUUCAUCUACGGCAACAUCACCAUCAACGCGUGGGCGCGGCAGGCCCUCGUCCUGCCGCACUCAACCGUCGGCCGCGCCUUUGCCUUCACGGAGCUCGGCCUGCAGCAGGCUUGGCACGCCGUGCGAGAGUGCCUCCCCGCCUCCAAGCGCAGCGGCUGCCUCCCUCCUCUCGCGGCCGAGGAGGUCGCCCCGCCCUAUUGCUCCAAGUACACGCAGAGCCGCAAACAGUUCGAGGCGGCGGCGAGCGCAUUCGCGGGCGAGUACCUCGAGAGCUUCUACCCCGACGGCAUCCCGCAGCAGCCGUCCGCCGCCGGGGAGCCGUGCGACGAGGUGUGGGCGUGGCUGUCUCACCUCAGCGAGAGCCAUGGUGACGCGGCUGCGGUGGCUGCCGUGGCAAAUGGCAGCCCAACGGAGGCGCGCGACUACGUGCGCAGGAUCCUCGCCCGCCUCAUCACCUUUGUCGCGCUUGAGCACAACGUCGUCGGCAAUGUCGGCUCGCUCGCGCAGGACGUCUCGUUUGCCGCCUUCUCGUGGCCAAAGGGGCGGCUCAGCGGGACCAAGCAGCUCGCGAUGCGGCAGGCGACCCUCAUGUGUCUGACGAGCUCGACCACUCCCUAUCUGCUCGCCACGCCGGGCGGGCCCAACGACUGGUCGUACCUCUUCCCGGCGACAAGCGCGGCGCAGCGGGCGGCGCUGGCCGAGGUCUUUGCCAAGUUCCAGGCGUCGCUGCACGUGCUCAGCGACGAGCUGGACGAGUACUCCGCAUCGGUCGAGGUGGCUGCUCGCUCGUUUCCCGACAACUUUGGGAUGUGGGUGACAAACCCGCGCUACAUGCGCACCGCGGUGGACAUCUGA